AUGUUCUCUCCUCACAAUGACCAGCACGCCGCAUAUACGCACUCUGUGCCCUCUUUGGCCUCUUCGGUUUCGUCACCCCUGCCAGGUCCCGCCCACUCUUCGAUUGCCUACAUCGAAAUGGGAGUGAGGCUUCAACGUCUCGAGCAAGACUAUCUAGAGAUGCACCGACGACUCACCGAACACGGCAUCCGUUUGGACGCGCUGCAGACCGACAAGACACCCACAACGACGACAGGUGAUGGCGAGGACAGCCGAGCAACACUUAAACGCCUCGUGCUUGAGUCCGUCUCUGCCACCCAUUCUCUGAGGGACGGAGAGCCCCCAGGUUAUGAUGUUAUUCGCAAAGAAGGCGAUUUCCCUAAUCUCAAAUUUUUCACAGAACGACAGUGGAACAAGUACAAGCGCGACAACCCAAAAACCACGCGCAUCGGGGAGGAACCUGUUCGCGGCAGGAAAAUGUCGGCACAGGGGAUCAAUCACACGGCUCCCUACGUCGAGUACCCCGACGGCACCCCUGCCGAGGGCGACUACAUCAACGACGCCCGCAAGUUCUGCCGAACCCUGAUCAACCUCGCCCGAGGAGUUCAAUACCCACUCCCCAAGAAAUGGGGCGACACUGACACUUGGUUACAGGAGUUAUUCCUCACCGCGCUCCGCAAAAAAUUCCCCCUUUUCCAGCUCUGCCACAACAACUCGAAAGGACACGCUUUCAUGUACUACACAUACUACGAGGCCGUCACGCGCAAAUGGGACAAAGCAAGCUCGCAAAACGUCGACCUCAACCAAGCUCUCCACACGAUCUCCGCCGGGUCCGACUUGGAAGAAUCUGAGUCGGAGUCGGCGCGUCGUCGCGACGUUCGUAGGACUGGGCCCUCAGAGAAGUCUACUUCGGUUAAGCGGCCCUCAGUCGAUGACGACGUUGUCGCCGGGCCCCGCAAGCAAGCACGCACAGACCCGGGUGUCCCCCGACAAAUUGUCGAAGCCCCUCCUGCGCCAUCAAAAGCAUGGAAAGGCAAGGAGCGAGCAGCUCCCAGGUUGCUGUCUGUGAUCGCCCCAGCCACCUCGAUCACCGCCCCUCCGGACUUGUCGCCCCUCCACCGUCUGUAG